UGUUACUAAUAAUUGGACUUUAAAUGGCGAAGUAAAUGCAGUCUGCAUUAACAUUCCGUGUAAGAAACACGAAAAAAGAACAGUUAAUUCAACUCACUAUUGCUAAAAGGCUAAAGUUAAACUGUGUGUGUAUAAAAAAAGAAGAAAUAGUUAUGCUAGAGUGAAUAAUAGUAAGAAACGAAAGUGAAAAAUAAAUAAAACGCAUACUUGGUCGUAAAAUACUUAGUCUUAAGCUUAUUAUACUAACAACAACAGGAAGAUGAAGAAUCACAAAGUAAAUCCAGCAAAAUAUAAAAGAGUGAUAGCGAUUCUGAUAUUAACAUGUUUCCAAUGCUACGCAGCAGUCAUCAAAAUCGAAGGGUUAAAAUUCAUGAUGAAUGGAGUUCCGAUGACGUUACAGUUUACUAAUCAAAGCCAAGAUAAUCGGAAAAGCGCUGAUGAUGACGAAAUUGUUGCCAAUGUAACUAUAGAUGCUGUAGAAAUUAAUGAUUCUAAAGUAAUUACUGAAGGUAAUAAUCUAACUAAAGAAGAUAUUUCAAAGGAUAAAGAUAAAGCAGUUAACCGUAAUCCUAAUCAUCACACAUCAGAUGACAAUGAAAUAGCAGAUAAAUCACUAAGAAAAGUAUUUGAAAAUCCUUCAGUUUACGUGCCUAUUAGUGAAGAUGUGGCGAACCCUGAGUUCAUACCUCACGGUCCAGAGAGGAAACAGUUUAGGGACGGGCUGGCUCUUAUUGAUAGUAAAGGAGGUGAAUUAAGCGUGCAAUUGUAGCCUUAGCCGGUAAACUAAAUAAGAGAUACGAUUUUGGAAAAAUUAAAGUAUAACAAAGAUAACUUAGUCAUCAUCCAAAAUCCUGGCUGCACAAACCGUAAUCUGGACUUUUGGACGUUGAAGUCCCCAGAGAAGUAUGAAAAUUACAAUAAAUUUGCUCGAAACAAAAUCGAAUCGAUGAUAUAAUAAAUCGGUGCUAGUCCAC